AUGCUUAAUCUCAUGAACUCAGCGAAUUGUUCGACUGAGAGUGUAAUUGGUGGGUUGUUUUUUGGAGGGUUCAAAGGGUCGGGAAAGUUUGGUAUGUUUGACAAUUCCAAGGCGUUUCUUGACAGCGCCGGAGUUAAGGACAAAUCGAAGAUGGUGUUGGAGGAGGAUCCCAUUAGCCUAGAGAAGAGGUAUUUGGAGGCGAGGAAGACUGCCAUUUUGGAGAAGGCUGCUAAAAUCAUCUCCCAAAUCAGCUUGGAGGUCGACAGGCUCGGCGCCCAGGUGUCCGCCCUGGAAUCUGUGGUGUCUAGAGGUGGGAAUGUCGCUGACAAAGAUGUGGCCACUCUGGUCGAAAUGCUGAUGAAUCAGUUGCUCAAAUUGGAGAGCAUCUCUGACUCUGCUGAUGCUGAUGUCCAACUCCAGAGUAAAAUGCAGGUGAGGAGAGUGCACAAGUAUGUGGAAACUCUUGAUUCGAUGAAGAUGAAGAAGCCUCCAGAGAUAGAGGAUUCACCAAACCUAAGGCAGCAACCGGCGGUGAUCACCACGGAGUGGGAGAUGUUUGAUUCCAUUCCGACCACAGCCUCCCCGGGGCAUCCUAGUAAUUUUACAUGGAAUCUGCUUUGA